AUGAAUAAUAAUACAAAUAAUAAUUUAUUAAUUGCCAAUCAAUGGCAAUUAGAACGCAAAUUAGGUUCGGGUUCAUUUGGUGAUGUUUAUCGUGCAUUAAAUAUUCAAACAGGAGAACAUGUAGCUAUUAAACUCGAAGCCAAUAAUACUUAUUCGCUACAAUUAGCUUUUGAGGCAAAAUUAUAUAAAUUAAUGAAAGGUAUACAAGGCAUUCCGAAACUAUUUUGGUUCGGUGAAGAAGGUGAUUAUAAAUGUUUAGUUAUUGAACUUUUGGGACCAUCGUUAGAAGAUCUUUUUCAUUUAUGUAAACGAGAAUUUUCGUUGAAAACUAUUUUGAUGUUAGCCGAUCAAAUGAUAUCACGCGUAGAAUGUUUACACCGAAAAUUUUAUCUUCAUCGAGAUAUCAAGCCAGAUAAUUUUCUUGUCGGCAUCGGAAAAGAUUCGGCACAGAUAUUUCUUAUCGAUUUUGGUCUAGCAAAAAAGUUUUUUGAUCAUCGUCUAAAUAAGCAUAUUUCAUAUAAAGAAGGCAAAAGUCUAACAGGUACACCUCGAUAUGCAUCUAUAUCAACACAUCUUGGCAUUGAACAAUCACGUCGUGAUGAUAUGGAAGCACUUGCUCAUGUUCUUAUUUAUUUCAGUCGAGGUACUCUUCCAUGGCAAGGCAUAAGCGCAUUGAACAAAAAGCACAAAUAUGAAAAAAUUUGCGAAUUAAAAAUGUCUAUUUCAAUAACGAAUCUUUGUGCUGGAUUUUCACCUGAAUUUGCAAUGUAUUUAAAUUAUUGCCGUAGAUUGCAAUACACCGAUGAACCUGAUUACUUUUAUAUACGUCAAAUAUUUCGUAAUUUGUCUUAUCGUCUUAAUUAUCAAUAUGAUUCUAUGUUUGAUUGGGUUUUGCUAAAAAAUCGAGUAUCAUCACAUUUUUUCAAUCAAAAUCAAGAGCCAAUAGAAAACAAUAGACCGUCUAGUAAUAGUAAUAAACUUCUUUGA